GGCGCGGGCGCCGCGGGCUGGAGCUGCCCGGGCCCAGGACCCACAGUGACCACUUUAGGCUCCUAUGAGGCGCCUGAGGGUUGUGAAAGGAAGAAAGGCCAACGCUGGGGGUCCCUGGAGCGGCGGGGGAUGCAAGCUAUGGAGGGGGAAGUGUUACUCCCAGCUCUCUAUGAGGAGGAAGAGGAAGAGGAGGAAGAAGAGGUGGAAGAAGAGGAAGAGCAAGUGCAGAAAGGUGGCAAUGUGAGCUCCCUGUCUGUCAGCAAGCACCGGGGCCUGAGCCUCACUGAGACAGAGCUGGAAGAGCUGAGGGCUCAGGUGCUCCAGCUGGUGGCAGAGCUGGAGGAGACCCGGGAGCUGGCAGGGCAGCAUGAGGAUGACUCCCUGGAGCUGCAGGGGCUCCUGGAGGAUGAACGGCUGGCCAGCGCCCAGCAGGCAGAGGUGUUCACCAAGCAGAUCCAGCAGCUCCAAGAAGAGUUGCAGCAACUGCGGGAACGCUGCCGCUUCCUGAACGAGGAGUACCGGGCCCUGCAGGAGAGUAACAGCAGCCUCACAGGGCAGCUUGCGGAUCUGGAGAGUGAGAGGACACGAAGAGCAACAGAAAAGUGGCUGGAGUCCCAAAUGCUAAAGGAUAUGAUGUCAGCAGAGUCUCAGACUUCAGAAGUGGAUUUUCUGGAACCUGAUCCUGAAACCCAGUUGUUGCGACAACAGCUACUGGGAGCUGAAGAGCAGAUGCAUGACAUGCAGAACAAGUGUAAGGAGUUGUGUUGUGAGCUGCAAGAACUACAGCAUCAUCGUCAGACCAGUGAGGAGGAGCAGAGGCGGCUGCAGAGGGAGCUCAAGUGUGCACAGAAUGAGGUGCUUCGGUUUCAGACUUCCCACAAUGUCACCCAGAACGAGGAGCUGAAGACCAGACUCUGUGCCCUGCAGCAAAAGUAUGAUGCUAGCCAGGAUGAGCAGAAUGAGCUCUUGAAGGUGCAACUACAACUUCAGUCUGAGCUCCGGCAGCUCAAAGUCUUGAAAUCCACAGUCGUAGAAAGCCCAAAUGAGAAGGAGUUACUGUGCCGGCUACAGAAGCUGCAGCUCCAGUACCAGCACAUCACGUGCGAGAAGGAUAAGCUGCUGGAAGUGCAGCGACAGCUGUGCGGGGACCUGCGGUACCAUGAGGCGGAGGUGCAGCGCCUCAAGGACAUCGUGGCCUCCUUCCAGGAGAGCAGUGAGAAGAAUGCAGAGAUGCACGCCCAGCUUCAGGAGAUGAAGCAGCUGUACCAGACCAGCAAGGAAGAGCUGGAGCGGCAGAAGUACAUGUAUGAUCAGCUCGAGCAGGACCUCCUGCUUUGCCAGCAGGAGCUGAAGGAGCUCAAGACCACCAAGCCCAUCCCAGAGGAAAAGGGGAAAUGUGCUAAUAAGUGUGACACACUGCUGUCCAGACUGACAGAGUUGCAGGAAAAGUACAAGGCCAGCCAGAAGGAGAUGGGGCAGCUGCAGAUGGAGCAGUGCGAGCUCCUGGAGGAUCAGAGGAGGAUGCAGGAGGAGCAGGGGCAGCUGCAAGAAGAGCUGCACAGGCUCACGUUCCCGCUACCCAAAGCUGGGCUCCUCCCUAAGAGUCAGGAGCUACUUACAAAGUUACAAGACCUGUGUGAACUACAGCUGUUCUACCAAGGUAUGCAGGAAGAGCAGAAAAAACUGGUACAGAGUCAAGAAAGUGUGCUCAGAGAACAGUCAGAUCUGCACGAAGAGCUGCAUCUUUUCAAAAUGUCUCAUUUCCGGGAUGUGUUGGAGAAUCCCAACGAUUCCAAAUCACCUAAGUCCUCCAAGUGUGGUCACGACAAGCAGUCCAAGCUGAUCAUCGCCCAGAUGCAGGCGCUGCAGGUGCUCUACGAGGGCACGCAGACCGAGCAGGAGCUACUGCAGCGGGAGCAGGGCAGGCUCCUCGAGGAGCGGAAGAGGCUGCAGGCCGACCUGCAGCUCUGCCUGGAAGAAAUGCAGCUGCUCCAGGUCCGGUCCCCUUCCAGCAGAAUGAGCUUGGAGAAGAACCAUGGCAGCAUGGCCGCCAGCGGCGAGAACUUCCGCAGGAGUUACGGGAGCGGCCUCGAUGACAGCGGGAGCUAUCACAAGAGUUACGGUAGCACCCAGGCCAGCACCGAGAGCUUUCUCAAGAGCUAUGACAGCAGCAGCAGUGCCCGGGAGAGCAGCGAGAGGAGCUACUGCGCCGGCAGCAGCGGCAGCAGCAUCUAUAAGAAGAGCUACGGCAGCAGCACCAGCUCGGACACCUGUUACAGGAGUUACGGCAGCAGCACUAAUGACGGACCUGCCGAGCCUGAAGACCUAGAGCACUGUGAGGACGUAGUCGCCAGGGUGGUGAUCAAGCUGCAGGGGGUGCAGGCCAUGUACCAGCUCAGCCAGGGGGAACACGACCGGCUGCAAGACCGGAUGAAAAAGCUGUUGGACAGGCAGAAAGAGCUGAAGAAAGAGCUGGUCGCCUGUGAAAAGGAAUUCAAGAAAUGCAUGGAAAGCCUUGAGAAGCCUGCUGCCUCCCCAAACGACAAGGACAAGAACGAGAUCAAAGAGCUGCAGGCCAAGCUGCGGGAGCUGCAGCUGCAGUACCAGGCGAGCAUGGAUGAACAGGGGCGGCUUCUGGCCGUGCAGGAGCAGCUGGAGGGCCAGCUGCAGUGCUGCCAGGAAGAGCUCCGCCAGCUCAAGGAGAAGAAUUCCUCUGUUCCCAGAGAGACCAAGGGGAAAAGUGGCAAUGAGAAUAGGAACAAAAAUGCCAACGGGGUUAAAAACAAAAAGGUGACCAAACCAAGCCUGGACGGUUCUGAGGGCUGCUAUGAGAACAGAAAGAGCCUGGAGGUGGUGCUGUACUACAAGGCCAGCCACACGGACUUAGGUGUCCUAAUACAAGAGGAAGCGGAGGAGGAAGAGGAGGAAAUCAAAAAGGACUCGAAGCAGGACUCCUGCAAUGAACUGGUUUCUGUGCCGUCAGAGCCUGCGGAGAUUAAGUCCGCAAAAGCAGAGGAGGGGUGUUAUGAAGAGUCCCAAGAGCGGGAGGGCAAGGAAGACGACACCAAAGAUGAGAGCGCCAACGACACUUGCCCUGAAGCUUCAGAGGGAGACAACCCCCUCAAGCUUUCUGAGAGCAAAAAGCCAUCCCCUGCCCCUGAGCCCCCCAUCUUCUCCUUGCCUCUCGUAGCCCUGGUGGUCAUAUCGGCUUUGCUCUGGUGCUGGUGGGCUGAGACGUCGUCCUAACACAGGUACUGGUAUCGAGUCCUCUCCUUCGGAGGGGUAGAGGGAGGGUGCAGGUGGCCCUGGCCUCUCCUCUUUGCCCUUUCUCUCACUUGCUUGCUUCUUGCUUUUAGCCCUUUGACAACAGGAUACUCAGGGGCUGAGUUUUAGCCCUGGCUUCUCCUUGGGCUACUGCAAAGCCCAUAGCACCUCUGAGCGUCUUCCUAACACAUAGUGAGUUGGAAUGCAUACUGUUGACACGGUUUGAGUUUCUGUCCUCUGGCUGGGAAAACUUUGGAUGAUCCCAGCACUGUUGCUACUUUGAAAAAUGCCUGACCACUUCUGAUGAGCUGAUGUCUGUCUGCAAGGCUGACCUGAGUGCUCUUUGCUCUCACUACUGUCACCACCCAGGAUGGCAAAAUAAGGCAUCACUGCGCCUCCCCUGUUGGGUGAGAGAGGAAUUCCGGAGUGUUGUGCCCAACCCCCAACCCCAACCCUAACUCCCUUACCAGGGGCAUUUGUAUGAGGGCAGGCUCAAUUUGUCCUCCAGACUUGGCGAAAAUGGAACAGAAACCCCUACCAUAUUGUGUUCUUUCAAUGGAGAAAUUCUCUGGUUUGGGACUUCUGGUCUUCAGACAACUCAGAACCAGAAUGCCAGGAAAUAUUUUAUAGUUCUAUGUUUAUCCCUUUUGGGGUCCAGACUCUAUUGUAAUUGCCUUCCCAAGCCAGGCUUUUUGGACAUAAUGUGGUACUGGUGAAAAGAACGAGAUGCAAGUAUUCCCAGGGCGCCAAGGCUGACAUGUUCUGGGCACCUUCCACUUGGCCUCGGCCCAUGUAAUCUGGUCUGUCAACAGGAUACCAAAUUUAGGAGGCAGAAUGUGGUCUUAGGUCCCAGGGUAGAGCCCUAGGGUUCCACCUGUCUUUGGAACCCAUAAACUAUUCUCUCCUGGCCUGUUCUGGCUCCUUUCUCCUGCUCCCCUGCCCACCCCCCCACUUCCCACCCUCCCUUCUCACCCCUGCAAAUGAAGUGCCGCUGGCUUAAUGCACAGGUUGGGGUGGCAGCUGAAGCAUAUGUUGGUAGCACUUAGCAGCAUCCUUUUCUCCUUCCUUCUCCCCUCACUGUUUUUCCUCUUCAUCCUUUCUCCUCUUUAAGGUGUUCCACUUACUCCCCACAAAUAGUCUAGCUCCUUUAGUGACAGGGUCCCUAUCCCUGUACUGUCCACAUCCAGAUUUCUCAGCCCCUAGGGGAGGAGACCCAAAGCAUUUGGCCAUAACCUUUCUGCACCUCAGCCAGGCCCACACAGAGUGAGAGGAAGGAGCUCCUGGGUCAAGGUGCUCUUGGGGGGUCGGGCUGUGCCCCACUCUGCAGCUCCCAGUCCAGGAGCUGAGGCAGCGUAGCUCUGUAGAAAGCGUGGCUGACAGGUGAGAACCUGGCCCAGUCUGUCUCUGCCUCUUACCGCUUAGUCCCAGUGGGCAAAAUGCAUAACGGGAACAUUAGUUUCUUCAAAUGACAGCGAAGAAUGGUAAAACCUCUGCUUUCCUCACGUGACGAUCACAGGAGUUCAUGUUUAUGAAGGUUCUUCAUAAAUAAUAAAACACCCCAUAAAUAAUUUAAAAAGCGUAUACUUACAGCAUACAUACUAUGUACCUGGCACUGUUCUAAUCACCUUACAUAUAAACUCAUUUAAUCUUUGCAACAACCCAACGAGGUGGCUUUUAUUAUGAUUUUAUAUGUAAUAAAACUAAGGCAUGGAGAGGUCAAGUAAUACCGCCAGUGAAUUAUGAAUUGAUUUCUAAGGACUAAUAUUAGCAACAGCUAGAAUUCCAACCUUGCCUCCCCCUUCCCAUCUCUCCUCAUUUUGAGCAGUUUUCCCUGGUUGGUUCCAUGUAAUUAGGAAGACUGCGUACUUCUCUUCACACAGCCCCCAGGGGCAUUAGCUCUCUUGACAACUAAUGUCACGUUGUUAACUCUCUGCGUGUGUUGUUUAUAAAGCCCCUUUACGUAUUGCAUAUGCUAAGUAUCCUCUCCUCGUUUUCUACUUGCAAUUGAUUUUUUGGAUCUGAGGCAGAAUUUUUUACUCAUUCCUAUUCGGUAUAGUCCAUUGAUGUAAACUGUGGAGUUUGUUUUUUCUUUUUUUUUAAUCUUGACCUUGCGGUUUCCGAUUAUCCAUUUCCCUGCCAGCUCCACAUCCUCCUCAAGGGCGACCAGCCUACUUUCAUAUGUUCGUGUGCAUUAUUUUUUUUAAAAGUCUUAUUUAGGUGAUCUCUACCCCGUACAUAGGGCUUGAACUCACGACCCCGAGAUCAAGAGUCGCAUACUCUUCCACUUGAGCCAGCCAGGCGCCCUGUUAGUGCACAUUAAAGGGGAGGGCCGACCCUCUGGAGUGUUGUCUCUCCAGGCUCUCUUUUAUCCAGCUCAUUGGUCACAUGGCAAAUGGUCACACAGCAACCUGUGUGUGCUACCAUGCUGAUUAUUUCCUCUUGUUCUGUCCAAGGAGAUCAUGGAAAAUCUGUCGGAUGUGUUGAUAAAAUCCAAAAACAUUUCUUUGAUCUGUCAACUUAGUAACCUAGUCUGUAAGGAAAGCCUGAUGUGACUUACCCCUUUGGGACCAGCCCUCAGCCAGUCUGGAACAUGCCUCUGACUGGUAUAAAGCGUAUCAGUUCACAUUUAUGGGUCUAGCUCUGUCCUUUUUUUUUUUUUUAAAGAUUUUAUUUAUUUAUUUGAG